AGUAAACGGCAGUAGACGGCAGCCAUCUUAGUUGUCCUUAACGGUUAUGGUCUCGCGUCAGGAAGUGUCCGACUCGGAUCUAUGCUUGCCGUUUACUUCUCUGGGGUCAAUCUGUCAGUCCAACUACAUUCAAAGAGCGCUUUGAGGGUUUCACUGUGGAUGCUUAAUUAUCCACGAUGGACUCUGAUAUCUUGAACAUUGAAGAGAUUGUAAUGGGACGGGGAACGACCCCACAAGCCCCAACUGAAAAGCCGAUGGAGACGUUGAAGCGGCCCAUCACUCUGAAUGGACCUCUUGCACAAACUGCUCAACCCUACCAACAUGAGAAUCUGCAGUGUUUCCAGUGCUUCAUCACCUUCUGCAAUCCCAAAGCUAAGGAAAGACACAUGAAGAAGAGCCACCGGGAAGAGUACAAGCAACAACUUCAACAGGGCAACACGCUGUUUACAUGCUACGUGUGCGACCGCACGUUUUUAUCGUCCGAGGAGCUGACACUGCACCAGCCGACGCACAGCAAAGAUGACAAGCCCUUCAAAUGUGCCCACUGCCACGAGAGCUUCAGAACAUUCACUGAACUCACGACACACAGAAGGCAUGUGUGUCCAGAGAAGCAGCUGCCGUGUAAAGAUUGCACCGAAACUUUCAGGAGUGCGGCAAUGCUGCGUACGCAUCGCCUGGCGUUGCACCCUCGCCCCGACGUCGAGACAGCCGAGCGUCCGGACGAGCCCGCAAAAAUUCAUAAUUGCAAGAAGUGCGGCCAGGCCUUUGACAGCGAAUCGGAGUUGAACGAACACGAGAAGAAGUAUCCCGAAGGCCAACAUUGCAACGGCAGCACCCUGCCGGCCAAGAAGCGCGGACGGCAAGUCAAGAUUGAGGAAGUGGCAAGCACUGAGAAAAGGGGAAAGCGAAAGAAGAAGGAUGAAGCAGAGGUUUGUGAGGAAGGGGAGGCGGAAAACAUAAGCGCCAGCCCUGAGACACCAGCAGCCCCAGUGGAGGAGAAAGCAAAAGUAGGCGCAGCAAAACGAGGUCGCCCCCCUAAAGCCGCCGUAGCCGUAAAAGCUGAACCAAAAGAAAAAGCCAUUGUCGCGGCUGACGGCGAUGAAGCAGCAAAGGAGACGAAAGUGAAAGCAGAGACUGCGGCGCCCAAGCAGCACGCGUGUCCCGAUUGUGACCUCUCCUUCCCAAGCUCACUUCAGCUGCGCACUCACAAGAAAGAGAAACACACCAUGCGGAAAGCCCACCCAUGUGCCGAGUGCGAGGAGAGCUUUGGCCGUCCAGAGCAGCUGGAGGCGCAUAUGUCGCGCGCGCAUGCCGUCGGCCGCUUCGCCUGCCCCACCUGUGGCAAGAGCUUUGGCCGCGAGCGCACGCUGAAGGCUCACCAGAAGACGCACCCCGAGGAGCAGCCGGAGACCCCCAAAAGAUAAUCGUGACUGGCAGUUAGAGGAAGUAAUUUCUUGUUUUAGGAUCCUAAUUCGUAAGCUGAUGACGUUUUGAAAAAUGGCACUGUAGGAAGUUUGGAUUUCAAGCUGUAUCUUACAUUGGACAUCUCAUUGACUAGCUAAGUGUUUACUUAAUGUUAACUAAACAAUAGUUGAUUUGUGAAAACAUAGACAGUUUUGAUCCACUUAAAAAAAUGUUUUGUUUUUUUAAUUGUGUGGUGUGAUUUUUGUUUGUUUUUUAUCAUUAACAAUAAUAAGUGCAUAUUUUGUAAGCUAUUAGAUGUUACAUUUUAAAUGUUUGUCAAAAUAAUGUACAGCCUCUGGUUCAUAUGUAUUUUUUUACACCUAAAAUUUUGAUCAUGGCUCUGUUUAAAUUAACACGCCUACAUUUUUAAUAGACUUCUCAGUUUUGUUUGCUGGGUGCUCUAGGUUCAAUGUGGACAAUUGCUCCACUGUAAUCAUGAUUUCUAAUUACUGCUUUCUCUUUUCCACUGAAUUCAAUUAUUAUGUCAAAGACAUUUCGAGGAUGAAAUUUAUGGCUCUAUCAUGCUACAGAGUCCCACAGUAAAUAAUGUAUAUUGAGUGUCUUCUCUCUGGAUUGUUUCUUUCCCACUGCGGUGUCUGGACAGUGCAAAUACGAAAUAAAACAGACUUUAGCCCAUGCAGGCUUUUACAGAAGUGA